AAUUACAAUGACAGUCCAGCGCUAUGCUUGGGCCUUUACAUAUACAUCCAAAAGAAUGUUGGAUUAGACAAUAGGGGGCCGUACUCUAACAAUUUUCAAGAAAGAUUAAAAUCUUAAAUCGGUACCUACAAUGACAAUAAACGUUAGUCGACUUUUUUUUUUUUAAUUUAAGUAAAAGUGGGAGUAACCAAAAAUAAGGCAGAUCGCUUGGGGAACUUCACUUAAGAAUGUGACAUUCAUAUCUGGAGAUUUUUUGACACAGGGUGGCUUUGCGAGGUUUGACUAGGCAGAGAUUAUUACGUCAUCAGAAAAAUGACGCGCCUCUGGUGUGUUUUUGGAUAGACGGCAUUCUCAGAUAAACGCAGAGGCUGGAAAUGCUAAGGUUUAUCUGUCAUGGAUGCAGAUGUGAUACCCAAAUUCUCCUCCAAAGAUGAGGAAAUUGAAUUCUGGAAAGCACUUUGUCUCAAGUACCAGAAAAGCUGUAAGGAGGCACAGGAAGAACUCCUGGAAUUUCAGGAGGGCAGUCGUGAGCUGGAGGCUGAGCUGGAGACUCAGCUGGGCCAGGCUGAACACUGCCUUCGAGACCUGCAGGCAGACAACCAGAGACUGCAGCGCGAACUCGACACUCUUAAGGAGAAGCUGGAGCAGCAGUAUGCACAGAGCUACAAGCAGAUCUCCAUUCUGGAGGACGAUCUGGGCCAGACCCGGAGCAUAAAAGAGCAGCUGCUCAAAUACGUCAGAGAGCUGGAGCAGGCCAAUGAUGACCUGGAGAGAGCCAAGAGAGCUACAAUUACAUCUCUGGAGGACUUUGAGCAGAGACUGAAUCAGGCCAUAGAGAGGAAUGCCUUUCUGGAGAGUGAGCUGGAUGAAAAAGAAUCUCUCCUGGUGUCUGUGCAGAGAUUAAAGGAUGAGGCUAGAGAUCUGCGGCAAGAGCUGGCUGUGCGUGAGAGGCAGCCUGAUUUAACAAGGAUGUCUGCUCCCAGCUCUCCGACUCCAGACAAUGAGAAAACGGAUUCUGCUGUGCAGGCUUCUCUCUCACUGCCUGCAACACCGCUUAGCCAGAGCCUGGACAAUGCCUUCAGUGGUCAGAAAGUGUUGCCUGAUGGGUGUAAUAAUUCAGCCCUUACUCCAGCUGCUAGAAUAUCAGCUCUCAAUAUCGUUGGGGAUUUAUUACGCAAAGUUGGGGCUUUAGAGUCUAAACUUGCAGCCUGUAGAAAUUUUGCAAAGGACCAGGCUGCAAGAAAGAACUAUGUCAUCAACGCCAACGGAAACCUUAUAAACGGGGGGAUUCAUCAAUAUUCACACUCACUGCACAUGUCCUACUUUGACAAGGCCAGAAGAGAGAGAGUCAUUUUCCCUGCAUUUCUAUGGCAGAGCGGUAAAUGGCCUGGACCCUGGUGUCAUGACUGACAACAAUCCACCUUGUACCAACUCUCCCUCAAGCCUGGUGCCCUUCAGUGUGUGAUCCUCUGAUACGCACACUGAAAAAGACUUCUCAUGGCUGCCUACACACAAGGAAAUCUUCCAGAGCACUACAUUACAUACCCAGUCAGACAAUGGUGUCUCCAUUUAUUAUAGUUUUGUCCAGUGGGAGCAGUAAAAUGUUGGCUUCUGUAGGGCAGUAACAGAGUGUGCUAUGCAGCCAGUGGCAGCCUAAAUAGUAGUACCUCAGUCUGUGUUCUCACUGGACUUCUGUAAUGCAUCUUAACUUAGAGCACAUGUUAAUAGUUUCUCAUGUGUUUGUAAAUGUAAUACUUGUUUAAUGCUUGCAUAUAGAAAUCUGCUUGUAAAAAUAUGUAAUAUUUAACUAACCUUUAUUAUCCAUUGCUUAAUUUUUGUUGGAAAAUGAAAAUGUAUUUUAAAAAUGCAUCUAUUUAUUGGUAAACCUGUGAACAAAAUUAGUUGUGAUGCAAAGGGAACGUACACUUUUACACUCUUUCAGUAUCACAGGCUUUACUGUAGACGUGUGUUCAUGGGAUAGCCAGGAAAGGGCUUGAAUUUCUCAUUUUAGACCAGUUCUACCUUAAUGAGCCCCAAAUACCUUAACAGCUUGUGAGUUCCUUUUGAAGGAAGAAAGAAAAACAUGAGAUAAACCAUCAAUAAAGGGUCUAAUGUGGUAUGAUGGUUGUAGGACAGUUAGAAACUUGUGUGCACUCAAGUAUUCACUUAGGUCACCACUUGGGUCAGUGAUGUGAUUCAUAGAAGGAUGGGUAUUUCCUCAUGCCACAUCUUGGUGUUCUCCAUGUUUGUCCGUGUACCUCCAAACAUGACUCGAUGUGAAGUUGCAAUUGUUCCAAUAUUUGAAAGUAAAUUUGUUGAAAAUGUGAUAAAGGGCCUUUUCACAGGUAGCUGUUAAACUUUUAACAGAAUGUUGGCCAUAUCCAUUGUUAAAUUGACAUGACUCAUGAAACGUCUGUCCCUUAAUUGUAAAUUUAAGUCUCAGUUUUUGUUUGAUUUCAGCAGAAAGACAUACUUUCCUGUUAUUGCACUUGUGAAAUACUGUAUUGAAUUUGCUUGAAAUGGCAAGUUUGCUUGUACUUUUUCUAGUGAGUACAAAAUUGUUGUGAAAUGACUGUAUUGUAUUACAGUAAUACACUGCACAGCAACUAAA